AUGGGCUCGUCGCGCGACAUGACGGUUGUUCGCAUACCAUUGAAGAGCGCAAAACAUCAUUUCGGCGUCUCACUAUCAAGAGGCACGCGGCCAUACAAUGAAGAUGCCUUUCAAGCAGGCACCAUAGACCUCCCCGCUUUUGCAAAACGCCCGCCCAUAUCAUUGAGUGGAAAUGGAGGCAGCGAAGGGAAUAGCGAGGUUACUCCAGAAGUAGGGGCGACGGGAGAUCCCCAGGUCUUCUACUUUGGUGUCUUCGAUGGACACGGCGGUUCCGAGUGCUCUGGCUUCCUGAGGGAGCAGCUGCACGACUACCUAGAAAAGGCCACAGAGCAAUUCGAGCUCAAGAGCAGCCUCUUGCAAGAGAGGAAUGAGACACAAGCCGGCAGCCUGAAAGCAAAGGGCGAGGCUUCUUCCGGAGAGCAAAGGAAGAGGGACAGGGAGAGCUUGGACGCUAUCGAGACACAUACGCCACCUGGCACACAAGCUAUAAAGCCGCCGCAGGCUGGAGGUGGGGACCAAUUGCCAACAGCGGGCUCAAAAUCCAUGGAUGGGCCAGUGGAUGGUGUCCCAUCCGUCAAGCAGUCUGAGAGCGUGCGGAAAGCCGAAGAGCUAGAGCAGCAAUUGGUCAAGCAAUGGAAGGAGCUAGUUGGCGGAUACUUUCGGCGAUUCAAGCCCGAGUAUUUCUCGCUGUCUGCCGGUGGGCGAGGUCACCCUGCUGAGAAGGACGUGAUUGAGAAGCGUCACACAAGCACGCCAGAGAUACCAGAUGACACCAAAGAAGGCAUUGGCAUUGAAACUGUCCUCGAGUACGCUUUCCUCAAAGCCGACUACGACUUUGUUGCAGCUCAGGUUGGCAAAAAGGAGGAGGAUCCCGUGCGCGCAGAUAAGGCUCUGAACGACGAUGAUAUCCUCGGCCAGCCCUCACGCACCACUACCAAGCAGAUUGGAGGCACAAAACGCUUCAAGGGUGGUAGCACAUGCAGUGUGGCCCUCAUCUCUACACCUACACCAUCACCCUUUUGGCAUCCAUCAUCACCUUCUUCCCUCAUCAUAGCACACGUGGGCGAUACCAGGAUCCUCUUGUGCAACACGGCCACCGGACUAGCUGUCCCGCUGACAUCGAACCACCACCCCGCCUUACCCGAGGAAGCCACUCGCCUUCGACGUUUUGCUGCAUCGUUUGUCACGGACUCCUUUGGCGAGGAGCGCAUGUCUGGACUCGCUAACACGCGCGCGUUCGGCGACAUGGCCCACAAACGCGUCGGAGUGUCGGCAGAGCCUGAGAUUCGUAGGAUAGAGCUCUCGCCUGCCGAGUAUUCCUUCCUCGUCUUGUGCUCCGACGGCGUAUCUGGUCACCUGUCUGACCAAGAGAUAGUCGACAUUGUCAAAGAGGCAAAGACACCAGAACAGGCAGCUCGGGACAUUGUCAGCUUUGCCGUUGAGACGGCAACAGGCAGUGAAGGCGCAGAUAAUGCGACUGGGUUAGUUGUCCGGCUGGGUGGAUGGGAGAGGAGGGGCGAAGGGGGACUGGGUAGCCUGGGUACCAAGGAGAUGCGAGAUUGGCGGAAGCAGGAAGCAGAGAACCCUAGAGCAUCGGGACGCAUGUAG